AUGUCUCUGCUCCUUCUUAAAGGACUGAUAUGCUUUUGGGGAAUUACUACAAAUAGCAAAGUGGUCUUCUUGUACAGCUUCCCACUGCCAAAUGAAAUAGUUGUACUUUAUCUGAUGUCAAAGAUGCCUACUGCUGGAAAUGCUGUUUAUGAUGGAACCACAUUUGGUAGAAUAUUGGCCGAAUGUGACAGAUGCAGCAAAGAAAUGCAACUUGUCUCCUGUCUUUCCCAGAUGCCUCAAGAGACUGUGAAGAACUUUCCUCAUACGAAGCGUGUUGGAAAUUACUUGGUUGGAAGAAUGAUCAAUAAAGGUUCGUUUGCAAAGGUGAUGGAAGGCUUACACAUUCCCACCGGGCAAAAGGUUGCCAUGAAAGUCAUUGAUAAAAAGAAAGCCAAGCAAGAUUCAUAUGUUUUAAAGAACAUGAAGAGGGAGCCUCGCAUUCAUCAGAUGAUAAAACAUCCAAAUAUCGUGCAACUUUAUGAAACUCUGGAGACAGAAAACUCAUACUACAUGGUCAUGGAACUAUGUCCAGGUGGAGAUCUCAUGGAUAAAAUUUGUGAGAAAAAAAAACUGGAUGAAAAUGAUGUAAGGAAAUAUACAAGACAAAUCAUGUCUGCAGUUGAACACCUACACUGCCAUGGAAUAGUUCAUAGGGAUCUUAAAAUUGAAAAUUUUCUGCUGGAUGAAAACGGCAACAUUAAAAUUGUAGAUUUCGGGUUAAGCAACACAAUACAGUAUAAUGGCCUUUCCCAUGAGCUACUAAAUACACAGUGUGGAAGUCCUGCCUAUGCUGCCCCAGAACUGUUAGCCAAUAAAAAGUAUGGUCCAAAAGUUGAUGUCUGGUCAAUAGGUGUUUGCAUGUUUGCAAUGUUAACUGCGACCCUUCCUUUUGCUGUGGAACCAUUCAAUAUAAAACAACUUCUUCAAAAAAUGAAAAAUGGAGACAUUACUCCAAUAGAACCUGACAUUUCUAAAGGUGCUGUUCAUUUAGUACAUACCCUUCUCCAGCCAGAUCCCCAAAAACGUCCUACUAUUAAGGAAGCCAUGAAAGAUAAAUGGCUCAAUGAAUCGUGGAAACCAUUGGGUUCUAUUUCACAUAAAAACAGACUUCGUCCUGAUGAGUUAAAUUCUGUUGUUUUGAAGUAUAUGAGUACUACCAUGAAUAUCCUAAUUUCUGAAAUGACCAAUAUUAUCGUAAAUAACAAGCCAUCACCAACAUUGGCAUCCUAUUGUUUACUUUUGAAAAGGAUUAACAAACAUCAAAUGGAGUUUGAAUUCACAAAGAAUGACAAACUAGAUUUAAAGUAUAGGAGAGAACAUUGUAGUUGUACUGAAGAUCAAGGCAAUGCAAAACUUUGUGUAGAAACCCUGAAAAACACUGUAGAAACACUGAAAAGUAAAGCAGUCAAGAAAAGUUUAGUCUUGUGUGAACCAAUCCAAGAAGAUGAAAUUGCAAUAACUUUAGAUAAUCAAGAAAAUCUUCAAAAAGCAUCCAAGUUUGCUGAUAGAGAAAUGGUUUAUUUGGACCUUCCGGAUUAUUCAAAACCACAGAAAAUAGAUGCAAGUACAAGGUUAACUCCCUUAAGCAAUAAAGACCUGAAUCAGCAAGAUGUCCUUCAAGAAGACAUCACAAAUGUUGCAGAAAGCAAGAACUCAGAACCAAGAACCAAAGAUCAGCACACAAAAGUCCAAAAUCACCAAGUGCAUGAUCCAUCUUCUUCUUACAUAGUGAAGGCAAAGUCUAUGCCUGUAAACAGACAUGUUAAUGAUCUUCUUCCAUACCAGAAGAAAGGAGUAAGACUUAAGGAACAGAAAUCGGCUGUUGAUAAGGUUCCAUUUAUUUGUCUCCAACAUCAAGAUAGAGAAAUAUCGGAUACAGCACAUCAAUCCACGCUACCUCAACUGAGGCAACCUGGACUAAGAGACAAUUUUACUAAAAAGGUUGCUUGGGUGACAUCUUCCCAAAAUACAAAAACUGGUCCUUCGCCAAGUGGCAUUAAUGUCAUAAGACCCUCUGUGUUCCCAAUGUUGGAUGGGAGGAAGACUAAAAGGAUAAUGAUUCAGUUGGUUGCAGCUAAUAAGCCUACAAAACAGAAUCUUCCUUUGUUAUUGUCAUGUCAGAAAAGAUCCGAGAAAAAAUAGGACAUCUUAAGGUUAAAUCCCUAUAUAGUCACACAGAGUGAAGUGACAGAAAUAUAGUAAACAUGUUUCAAUAAAAUUAAAAGUU